AUGCGAAACAAGAACGCUCACGAUGUGGAGUAUCCCGCCAUGCAGGAAACAGCGCCGGGAUCUCUGACUGCGGAGACGUUCAGCAAUCCAUGGGCUGGUCAUACUGUUGAAGAUCUAGACGCCUGGUGUAUGGACGCCGUGAAAAGCACAGAACGAAAUGAGCCAGGCCCAAUCUUUAUUCUGGAUAAAGAAGGGUUCGCCGGGCAGACGGUGAUCCUGGCGGACAGACAUGUACGUUUCGAGGAAGGCGAUGAAGCGGAUUACCAAGGGAACGAGAAUUUGAGUGUGCUUACGGAUGAAUGGGACAAGACAGGAUCAGAUUGCCCUGGUAGAGUGCAGAGAAGAUGUGGUCGAUGA